AGUUUGUUGACUCAUAGCAGAGCGCCGUCACAAAGCGAGGAGGAAAACACAAAUUCACAACAAAACGCUCAGCAAAAUCAAAAGUCAAAACUUUUCCUUUAUUGAUUCAUAUCGGUCUUUUCGGUUGUUUCGUUGUUGGGCCAAAAUUCGGUGAAGUCGUCGAUUUUUUAUUUGAUCCAAAAGUGCUCCUCAGCGAUUGAAGUGUUGAGGUUCAUUGAGUUAUGGCUAGAAUUAGAUUCCCCCGAAAAUUGUUCCAUUGAUCGAUCAAGUUUGUUGCUAAUGCAAAAUGUAAGUGGAUUUCACCAAGACGAUUAUGUUAUGUUUCGUGUCGAAUCCUGUGUUUCUAUGGCUUUAGAUUGUGCUUUAAAUCAGUGCAAAUGAUACCAACACCAAAAUUAAACCGAUGAAAAAUUGGAUCCUAGAUAUCGAAAAUCAACAGGAUAAUGUUGCUGAUUCAUCUUCACGCAAAUAACCAAUCAUCGAAAACGGCCGCAAUACGACAAAUCAGUGAUGGAUUGUUAAUCGGCCCCCGCACUUUAAGGCUUCCAUAAUAAUCAUAAAAAAAUCGACCGAAGAAACAAAUCUGGCCGAAAAACAUCAGCAAGGGUAGCAGUUUUUUUUUCCUUUUUCUUAUAUUUUUAUCGGUGGAACAAGGAACAAGGAGUGCUCCACUGAAUGAAAACGGCCGGGAGUAGAAGCUACCGGGCCACCCUCAAUCGAAGCUAUUAUGGGAAAUUGCUUCAAAGGAUGCCUUUCGGAGGAACGGAAUUCGGCGCGUAGCCAUGGAUUAUCGGCCAGUGACAGUCAGUAUGAGAUGCUCGUGGAAGGAUCAUCGACAAGAGAACAGCAAAGAGCGAAGAACAAAUCAAAAGACAAACCAAAACUACUGAACCGAUUUUGGAAGCGGAAAGAUGUGGAGUACUCAAGACUGAACAAAUCAAACAAUAAUUUUGUAGAUCGAUCAAAGCAGAGACAUCAUCAAAUUUCGACUGGAUCGGAAAUACAACUGCAGUGCCUGGACGCUCACUCGCUGCUGAUGGUGUCCAAGGAUAGUGCCUGCCGGCGAAAUGGGUAUCAUGAUCUGAACGCAGACAUGACCUCGACGCCGGGAAGUUCGCUGGAUCUCGAGUGGGAGAACGAUUACGGGUACCAGAACAAUCACUGGCUACCCCACUUGACCGAAGACCUGGGACAACCACUAGUCGCCUAUCCGAACCCGCUGGAUCCCGUUUUUAAAGUGGAGGAAUGGUCCACGCUGAAGAAAAGCAAGGAUCGCAUCAACAGUAUCCGCCGGAUGGAUCCCCGUUCGCUUUCCUCGCCACUUGUUCCCCAAAGCCCGGACCUGAUGGGAGGAACACCCACUGGGGCACAUCCCAUGCCACCUUGCCAUCCGAAUGGUGGAUCCGGGGCAGCAGGAUUCGGAACGCCCUCGAUCAGGAGCUGCGGAUCUUUCGCUUCCUCGUCACACAUAUCAACUCCGGAAGAUUCGCUCGAGUGGGACGUCGAUCAGGAUCGGCAACUGAAGAGCGAAAACGAAUCACUGGAUUUGGAAACCAAAGAGCUGCUGCUGGAAAUCGAGCAGCUCAAAAAUCGCGUACUCAACGAAACUGGUGCUAACCUGAAGGAUCUGGUCCAGCUGGACGAAACGAUCAGUUGAUUCCGCUUCCUAGGGAGGGAUACUUAUCUCAAAAGUCUAUGAGCAGCACGGAAAUCAAACCAAAAAAAAACAAAAUAUCAAAUGACCCAGUCUUAAUCAAAUUAUUUAGUUUGUAAAGGAUUAGAUCCAGUUAACACACGUGCUAGAAUCAAUAAAUUCAAAAUCCUUAAAAACUCUCUCUUGGAAUUAGAGACCCUAUAUCUAUAUUUAGCAGCUAUUAAACUACUCAUAGAUAUCGAAUAGAACGAAACAAGGUAAAAAAAUCAAAUGUAAUCUCUAUUUAUCGUCCCUGAUUAUUCCGUAGUUUAUGAAACACAAAACCAUGAGUGGUUAAAUGUUUUGGAAAAGGGAAAAUCAAAAGCAGCAGCAAUUGUAAAGGAUAAGUGUUAAAUCAGUGAAUAGAUCAAUCAGUGAAUUUAUGUAUUUUCUAGAAGAAAGAAAUAAACCAAUAAGACGAGAAGGCAUUUAUUUUCCUCCCCUAUAAUUAAUCGAUGAGGUGCUGUUGAGCAACGAGAGUGUUUUGCUGUAGAUUGACGGACUGUCUCUGAGUGUAACAAAUUCUGGAAUCUUUGAAAAUAUCGCGAAAUAAAAAUACUCACUGAGUUAUCGUUACCUUUCUUUUUAUGGA